GUUUUUCAAAUUACAUCAUUGCCAUCGUGACCGAGUGAGUCGUUCAAAUAGCCUUGCUCAGAGAAAGACAAAGCAGACGCAACGGAAAUGGAGAACCAACUUUGUAAGCUCUUUGUCGGCGGCCUGAACGUGGAGACCACAGAUGACGGUCUUCGCCAGCAUUUCGAGCAGUACGGCCAGCUGACCGACUGCGUUGUUGUCCAAAACCAGCAGCUCCAGCGCUCCCGUUGUUUUGGGUUUGUGACCUACUCGACUGCGGAGGAGGCUGAUGCGGCAAUGGCGGGCAGGCCUCACACUGUAGACGGCAACAACGUGGAGCUGAAGAGAGCCGUGGCCCGGGAGGACGCCGGCAAACCCGAGGCCCUCGCCAAGGUGAAGAAAAUCUUCAUCGGCGGCCUGAAAGAAGACGUGGAGGACGAACACCUGGUAAACUACUUCUCCCAGUUCGGUACACUGGAGAAGGCCGAAGUGAUCACCGACAAGCAGACGGGCAAGAAGCGCGGCUUCGGCUUUGUGUACUUUGAAGACAACGACUCUGCCGACAAGGCCGUGGUGCUCAAGUACCACACCAUCAACGGGCACAAAGUGGAGGUGAAGAAGGCCCUCUCCAAGCAGGAGAUGCAGGCCAGCGGCGGCAGGGGAGGCCGAGGCAGAGGAGGGCGCGGAAGAGGACAAAAUGGCUACGGCGGCGGCUAUAACAACGGCGGUUAUGGCGGCGGCUAUGGGGGCAACGAUGGCGGCUACGGCAACAGUGGUGGCUACGGGAGCGGUGGCGGCUAUGGCAGCAGCGGCGGCUACGGGGGCAGUGGCGGCUACGGAGGAGGAUACGGAGACCAGAUGGGCGGCUAUGGCAACGGAAACGGCUACAGUGACUUUGGCGGUAGUUAUGGCGAUCAGUCCUCCGGUUACGGGGCGAUGAAAGGGGGUAACUACUCCUCCGGCAGAAGCAGCGCACCUUACUCCAGAGGUGGUAGCAGCGGCGGCUACGCCAGGGGGGGCUACGGUGGCUCUUACUAAGUAAAGCGAGAACUGCGUAGCUCCCGCUGUGUGUGGCUACACAAAGAGGGGCCCCGUCACCAAGCCGGUAAGAUCUUCGGAGCCUUUUGGAUUCCCCCAAACACAGAACUCAGAACUUAUUUUUUUUUUCUAAUGAAAUAUCUGGCCUAAUUUUAUAGAGUAGUAUUGACUGGGGCACUGGCACCUUUCCCCCCUCCAAGUUAUGUGUAAGAUACGUUUUAACACGUGGGGAGAUCCAGCCAAAUUACUUCUUAUAAUGGCCACUAACUGUUGCAGUUACAAACCUGUAGGGUGUUCUUUUUUUACUUUUUGGUAACACCACGCGGUUGCCCGUCCAUUUUUGAAGUGGCAAUCCACCCUGGAAUUUCAGGCGCCAAGAUUGCAUUCUCCCCUGAAAAAUAAGGGGGUAGUGGGGGUGGGGCUGUCCUGAAAUCUUUACAACUGUAUUGGCAUGUCUCCCGAAUUAUUUUUAAUUUCUGUAAUAAAGGUCCAGAAGUGGUUUUAUGAUUCUACACAUUCAGAGGUUUAGUCAUGUUUAUCUCGUUUUACCUGCAUGUUUUAGUUGGAUGUAUUUCGUGACUGGGUUAUGUUUUUUUUAAAUAGGUAAUACAUUUUGGUAGCAGUUAGAGUUGUGUAAAUUCAAUACCCGAAGUUUGUACUAUAAUUCUAACUUGUGUAAUAACUCAGGGUGCCAAGUAUAGUCUAAACCAAAUGUAAUGCCUGAAAUAUCUGAUUUGUGGGUUUUAAAACUGCCUCAUGUCUUGCUAUGCAGGGAAGAAUUGUAGUACUGCAGUUUCCUGUUGCUGCAUUUCUUCAUGUGUUUUUUUUUUAAGUUAUUUUUUUUGAAAAUCGAGAACCAACAAUAAACACUGCAGUUGAAAUGUUUUGCGUUGUAUUACAUUUUUCUGUACAUGCAACACGAACUUUACUUACUUAAAUGUAACCGUAUUUUGACUAUCUCUCCCAAUGACUGCUUCGUUGUCUGACUUGUAAUGUUUGUGGUAAAUGGAAAUUGAUCUCAAAUGUGACUCCCUGAAGGAUUGGAAAAAUUACUGUAAGGAACUGAAGCCUUCUGUAAACUUUGCUUAGUUUCCAUUUCAUUCUGAUGUUUUGUAAUAAAGUUUUUUUUUAAUCCUUGACAA